AUGACAAAAACAAAAAAAUUAAAAACGUUAAAAUUUGUUUCAAAACAGUUAAAGCGAUAUUCUAUUUUCAUCCGUUUUCUUUCUUUUGUAAUCUGCUUUCUUACCAAACUCAAUAUGAAUACUAGAAACAUAUACAAGUGGUUAGUUUUGUUAUCGGCAGUUUCAUUAGCCAGCUGCUUUUGGAGUAAUCGUGUUAUAGAAGAAUUUAUAAAUAGUUUUUCAAACGUUGCAGAGGACGAUGAAUGUGAUCAACCCGAUUCGUGUGAUGAGAUGCAAGUAAUGCUGCAUCUGGCUUGCAUUCGUGUGACAAGUCCUGAACGAAUAUUACUCUUAUUGACCUGGGACUCAUUGUCUAAGUCUUGCGCUAAAACAUCUAAUGUGGUGCAACACAUUAACGAAACUCUAACAGAUUGUGUACCACUGCCAACAACGAAUUUGUAUAUGCGUUUAUAUCGGGCUUUAAUAUUCUUCUAUGGACAAAUGUGUGGCCCAGCUGAAACCAAGUCGAAACAUUUAGAAAAGUAUCACAGCUGCGUAUCGGAACUUCGCGACGAUCUAAUUGACUGCGAGGGCCCUCCUGAUUGGUUUGAGAAACGCAGUAAAACGUAUGUUUGCAGGCAAUUCACCGAAAUUAUUAAUUGUAAUUAUGUCAGAGCGGCAAUGCUAUGCGGUCUGAAGCCAGCGCGAUUGCUCCGAAGUUUUGCGGCCGAAGUUAUAAACAAAGCGCUUUUGUCCAAGUGCCCGGUGUCAUCUACGUUGCCACACGUGAAUAAUCCGAUGUCAGAUGGUGGCAGUAGAAGCUUCCCACACGUUUCUCUUGCUCAAGUUCAUAUAUUUUUACUAGCUUUUAUGUUACAAUGUUUAAUGCAAUAACAAAU